CUAUUUCUCUUGCUUUUUGUUUCACUUUUUCCAGGUACCAGUGAACAAGAUAAAAAAUACAACCUGCCCCGACUCUGUAUUCGAAAGUUUUUUCCAAAGAAGAAAUGUUUUAUUUUCUAUCCACCCACCGAGUGGAAGAAGCUUUCUGAGCUUGAGACCCUGCAUGAUAAUGAGCUGGAUUCUGACUUUGUGCAGCAGGUAGAAGGUUUCUGUUCCCACAUCUUCACCUAUGCCAAGGCUAAAGCUCUUCCAGGAGGCAUCAAGGUCAAUGGACCUCGAUUAGAGAAACUAGUACUGACCUACCUCAGUGCUAUCACCAGUGGGGCUCUGCCCUGCAUGGAGAAUGCUGUUCUGGCCUUGGCCAAGAUGGAGAACUCAGCUGCAGUGAAAAAUGCCAUUGCCCACUAUGACCAGCAGAUCAGCCAGAAGGUGCAGCUGCCCACAGAAACCCUCCAGGAGCUGCUGGACC